CAGAAUGAAUCGAGCUUCAUCUCUUGUCCGUUGCCCUAUACAAACAAAGGUGUAGGGGAAGCGGGGCAGAGCAUGGGAAUGGGAAUGCUAGGAGUGGCAGUACGGUUAAGGCGGUGUCUGAAGCCCCAAAAUACUACUGUCCUCUCUUCAUACUCAUAUCACUCGUCGUCUUCAAACCGGCAAAGAAAGAACGAAAACCAAGUGGAUUCGUCCUUCAACAGAGACCCAACAAGCCCACCUCGACUCUUUGUGGUGCAGCCUCGUCUCCGCCCCGAUACUCUCCUUCAAGCCAAGCUCAACGAAGCUCUAUGCCUCGCCAAUUCCCUCGAAGAACAGCGUGAUGGGUACUUCGAUUCUGAUUUCUUCGAUAAACCCUUGCCCCCUCACAUCCUCGUUCAAAAUCCCAUCUUCCGUUCCUCCAAAGCUCGAGCAGAUACUUACUUUGGGACUGGGACUGUAGACGAUAUCUUGUGCCAUAUCAGAGCAAUUGAGUCAAAGGAUGAUGUUGAUGCUGUGUUUGUGAAUGCUAUUUUAAGUGGGAUUCAACUGCGGAAUUUGGAGCGGAAAUGGAAUAAACCUGUGUUAGACCGGGUGUCACUUAUAAUAGAGAUAUUCAAUGCUCAUGCCCAUACAAAGGAGGCGAAACUUCAGGCGGAAUUAGCGGCUCUAAUGUAUGCAAAGAGUAGACUUGUUCGAGUACGUAGUAGUGAUGGUCGCUUGACUUUCGGAGCAUUUGGAGAUGCUGAAGUUGUUAGUGCCCGAGGGAGAGGAAGUGGAGGGCGUGGCUUUACCAGUGGUGCUGGAGAAACUGAGCUUCAGCUUCAGCGGCGAAGAAUAUUAGAACGGCGUGAGACUUUGCGGACCCAAAUCAAAGAUGUUCGUCGUACUCGAGCUUUGCAGCGAGCUUCUCGUAAGAGGCAUUGUCAAUUGGAUAGUCAAUAUUUGGCCACUGUUGCUGUUGUAGGAUACACAAAUGCUGGAAAAUCAACAUUAGUUAGUGCACUCUCAGGGAAUGAUCUUUACAGUGAUUCUCGACUGUUUGCAACACUGGAUGCUAGAUUAAAAAGUGUUGUUCUUCCUUCAGGGAGGAAAGUGCUUCUUGGUGAUACUGUGGGAUUUAUAUCAGAUUUGCCAGUGCAGUUGGUGCAAGCGUUUCGUGCAACUCUAGAGGAAGUGGUGGAAGCUGACCUCCUUGUGCAUUUGAUGGACUCUACUGCUCCUAAUCUUGAGGAGCAUCGAGCAACUGUGUUGCAAGCUCUUCAGCAAAUAGGAGUGUCAGAAGAGAAAUUACAGAAUAUGAUUGAAGUCUGGAAUAAGAUUGAUUACCAGGAAGAAAUGGUUGCUGAUGAAUAUCUAUGUGAUGGUGAAGAUGGUGAGGCUAGCAGUUUGUCUGGUGAUGAAGGUGGUGAUGUAGCAUCAGGAGCAGAUGAUGAGAUCAAUGGUUUCUCUGGAAGAAGUGAAGGAGAUUUUGAAGAGACGAUAGACAAUGAGCAAGAUGAUUACUCUGGCGACUGGCUGUUGUCAGGAGAUGACCAAGAGAUGGUAGGUGACCACUGGUUGAAGACUCUGGAUGAGCAACGAGAUGAGGCCUUAAAUGACUUGGGGAUGGAAAAUUUUUUACAAUGUCAGGCCCAGCAUGGUCCACAUCUCAAAAUAUCUGCCAUGACAGGAGUUGGCUUGCAAGAAUUGCUGGAACUCAUUGAUGACAGGCUAAAGACUCAGGAUGAGAAGUUCAAGGAACAAAAUGUAGUGGAAAGGGGUUUUUUUAAUAAAAAAUGGAGGCCUCCACGUACAGAGGAUGCUGGUAUAGCAGCUGCUGAACAGUGACAAGAAUAACGUUAGAUGCACAUUUUUUAAUUCCCCUUAAGAGUAAUACGGAAAUAAGAUGAAAAGUUUUCAAGGCAUGGAUGAUCGAUUAUGGAGGCACUCUAUUAUAUUCCACUGAAUAAAUUUUGGUGCUUGGUAAGAAAAAAUGCAGAUGGAGGGGACCUAAUCGAAAAGAUGGAGAUGGCUCACUUUUUGUUCAAAGAUUGUCAAGGCAAAGGCAGCCAUUUUGAAGCAAAAAGUAGAAGUAGAUACGUAUGUGUGGUGAGCAGUGCAUUUUAUUUGGAGGAGAGUAAUAGGUUCCUGAAGGGGUGCUAGGGUAUGCAUGCUUAUCCGCUCAGUAUUUGGGUGUGGUGUUGUAGUUUUGCUAGACAGACGGUGUAAAUUUCCCUUGAAGCAAUGAUGCGGCUGUAGGAGGUUUAUACAUUAAUGGAAGCAUUUAAAUGUUCUUAA